AUGGGGGUGAGGUAUAAAGGGUGCCAACAGGCAGCUGCCCCAGUACGGCCUGCGCCGGCGGUGAGGGAGCUCGCGGCUCUCUCGCUACUCCUGUGGGCCAUGGCUUCGACAAGAGUUCUCGUCUUCCUGGUGCUCAGCAUCCUCCAUCUCCCGCCCAUGGCGGGCCCCUGGCUGGAUAGGACCACCUGGGAGCACAAGCAGCAGCCUGAGGAGUUCCAGGCGAGCCUGGAGCAGGCGAGCCUGAAGGAGGCGAGCCUGAAGGAGGAGAGCCUGAAGGAGGCGAGCCUGAAGGAGGAGAUUGUUGGGCAGAGUGACUUUUCCUGGGGAAGUCUCCCUCUCUUUGCUACCAUGCAGCUAUGGCAGUUCUGGGAGGUUCCUGGAAACCUGGUGCUGCUUGUGGAGCUCUGCUCCUGGCUCUUGAAAGGGAUCCAUCAGCAAAGGAGCAGGGAUGUGGAGGAGAGCUCCAGCAGCAGUGAGGAGAUGGAGAGCAGUACGGAGGAGAAGGAGGAGGAGGAGGAGAAAGAAAAUGGUGAAGAAGACUCCGACUGUGAGGGGCAUCUCUUCAGGGAGCCCAUGUGGCGCUCGUCGUGCAGAGUGGCCGACACGAGGCGGGCGGUGAAAAAGCUGGUGGGCGAUCUCCUGCGUGUCCUGCAGCAGUCCUUGUCAGACGGCUUCUUCCCGGUGCCACAGCCAGCCAUCGGGGUGGGCAGCGCCUUUGAAGGCUGGAGUCCCUGUGGGCACGAGUACUGCCUGCUUGUGCCUCUGAAGCCCCCGCAAGGGCACGCCUUCCAGCUGGAGCUGGGCACUGCAUGGGAGGUGCUGGCAAAGAACCGUGUCCGCGUGGAGAUGGUGUGCACCUGCACGAGGAGCACCCGUGUGCAGAAGAACACGGUCUGCUUUGUCCACCAGCCCUAUGAGGCGCGACAGAUCAACCAGGAUUCCAGCCUCCUCAGCAACCUCUGCACCGGCCGCUACCUCGAUGCUGAGAAAACUGCCCGCUGGUUCCAGGGCUUGGUGAGCUCCGCUUGGGACAAGACGCCUUCUUCACGUCGCUACGCGCUGAGGGUGCUGCCUUCCAGCCGCUCCUGCAAGCUGGAGCUGACAGACGCCUCCGGCAGGUGCCUCUCCGUGGAGAUGGUCUUUGGGGUGCAACGAGGUGACUCGGACGUCUUCCUCAGCAGCCAGGCUCCAGAGGCUAUCUUCCAAUCAAGCACCACCUGGGCAGAGAGCUACGCUGUGGCAGAGGCCAAGUUCUUCCGGCAUUUGGCCAGGCAGGCCCCACAGGACACCUUCCACCUCAAAUGCCUGCAGCUCUAUGCCGGUACCCCGGUGGGCACAGUCCUCUCCUCCUUCUUCUUGAAGACAGCUGUCAUGCAUGUCCUCAACUUCAUACCCCUGUCAGGCUGGCGGACGGUGUCCUACCACACCCGGCUGCAGGAUAUUAUGCGCUACCUGCGCAGCUGCCUGAAGAAGAAAAGCCUCGCUCACUUCUUCUUCGGCAACGAGCUGUUGCCCAAGGACAUCGUCCUGCCCCCAGCCCUCCAAGAAGCUGAGCCAUUCAACAUCUUUGAGUGCCUGGUGCAGGGCCCACAAGCUUACCACAAGGCACUGCAGGAGUUGCAGGAACUGGAAGAGCGCUUCGAGGGGAUUUUGCACUACAGAUCCCAGUCAUCUCUUUCACCUUUGGCUACUCUAACUCUACAAGAUACUAUAUUGACAUAUAUAAGGCUCUGCACCGGCCGCUACCUCGAUGCUGAGAAAACUGCCCGCUGGUUCCAGGGCUUGGUGAGCUCCGCUUGGGACAAGACGCCUUCUUCACGUCGCUACGCGCUGAGGGUGCUGCCUUCCAGCCGCUCCUGCAAGCUGGAGCUGACAGACGCCUCCGGCAGGUGCCUCUCCGUGGAGAUGGUCUUUGGGGUGCAACGAGGUGACUCGGACGUCUUCCUCAGCAGCCAGGCUCCAGAGGCUAUCUUCCAAUCAAGCACCACCUGGGCAGAGAGCUACGCUGUGGCAGAGGCCAAGUUCUUCCGGCAUUUGGCCAGGCAGGCCCCACAGGACACCUUCCACCUCAAAUGCCUGCAGCUCUAUGCCGGUACCCCGGUGGGCACAGUCCUCUCCUCCUUCUUCUUGAAGACAGCUGUCAUGCAUGUCCUCAACUUCAUACCCCUGUCAGGCUGGCGGACGGCGUCCUACCACACCCGGCUGCAGGAUAUUAUGCGCUACCUGCGCAGCUGCCUGAAGAAGAAAAGCCUCGCUCACUUCUUCUUCGGCAACGAGCUGUUGCCCAAGGACAUCGUCCUGCCCCCAGCCCUCCAAGAAGCUGAGCCAUUCAACAUCUUUGAGUGCCUGGUGCAGGGCCCACAAGCUUACCACAAGGCACUGCAGGAGUUGCAGGAACUGGAAGAGCGCUUCGAGGGGAUUUUGCACUACAGAGUCUGA